CAAUCCCCUCCCCUCCCUUCCCCUCCCCUCCUCCUCUCAUCUCUUCUUCACUUGUAACCAUAAAACAAACCCUAUAAAGCACUCAAAAAAAAAAUUGUAAAUCAGUUUUUAGUUUUAAAUUUAAUUCACCACAAACAUAAACCUCUAAUUCGCAUUUCUGGGUCUUCACAUUUUCAGCUUAAAAAGCAGUAAUGGCAGUCAGCUUCAAUCUAAUUGGUUCAUUCAAAGGCCUUUCUUUAUCUUCAAGCUCUUCAUCUUCCUUCUUCAAAGGAGAUGCUGGGUCUCUUAAAUUUGGUUUGAAAAGCUCUGCUUUGUUGCCGUUUAAGGCUCCGGUGAAGGCUCCAUUACCCUUGACGAUUCAAAUGGCUCACAAGAAGGGAGCUGGGAGUACCAAGAACGGCCGUGAUUCUAAAGGCAAACGGCUUGGUGUCAAGAUUUAUGGUGACCAAGCUGCUAAACCUGGCGCAAUUAUUGUAAGGCAGCGUGGUACCAAGUUUCAUCCAGGGAAGAAUGUGGGGAUUGGCAAGGAUCACACCAUCUUUUCUUUGAUUGAUGGAUUGGUGAAAUUUGAGAAGUUUGGGCCUGACAGAAAAAAGAUUAGUGUGUACCCAAGAGAAAUCCAGCCCGAGAAUCCCAACAGCUAUCGAGCAAGGAAGAGAGAGAACUUCAGGAUGCAGCGUGAACGCAAGAAGGCAAGAAAGGAAGGUAUCGUUGCUCAGCCACAGCUAGUAUUUGCCUCCAAUGUUGAUGCUGCAGAUAGCAACCCAGUUUGCUGAAUUUGAAAGUUACUGAUCUUUUUUAAUUGCUUUUGCUCUAUGUUGUAGCAAAUAGAUGCGCGCCACUACAACAAUUUUUUCCGUGUGCAUUGUGAUCCAAAAUGCUUGUUUUUAAUCUGUUAAUAUCUGGUUUAUCA